AUGAGUAACACAAGGCAUUUCUUUACGCCAGCAGAAGAUCAGAUGAUUCUUAAAUGGAGAGAACGAAGCCCUGAUGCUCCAUGGGCUGAAAUUGCAAAGAAACUUAAAAACAAAACAGCAAAACAAUGCAAUGAUCGCUACAACAAACAUCUCAAAAUAGCAAGGAAUGAUGAACCAUGGUCAGUUUCUGAAGAUAGGCUACUUAAAGAACUCGUUGAAGAGCAUGGCCACAACUGGGUUAUCGUUUCCAAGCUUUUGGGUACCAGAUCCAACAUCGAAACCAAGAAUAGAUGGUCUGUUCUCGUCAGAAUGCAAAACAGCUUGAAAAAGAAAUCUAAGAAAGUAAAACCCAAGAAGCAAAUGGAAACUCCAGCUCCAAGCGUGCCUUCUCCUACACCAGCUGAACCGCAAGCAACAGCUGAAGAGUUCGUUUUUUUUGACCAAGCAUUUGGCGAAAUUGAAAAUAACUGGUUCAACUUGGACCAGCCCUUCAAAGCAGAAGUCGAAGAUUUUAGCGAGACUUUCAAUUGGUUUGUAUGA